CAGCACGUGUUGGAUCCGCACGCUAUCCAGCCAGGAAGUGCCCUGCACUGCAACAAUGCACUUGUCGGCGCAGUGGUUUUUCACAGGAUCGUGCGCUCCUGGUGGUUCCGAUCGUUUUACUUUUCGUGUCAUUUCAUAAACUGCAGUUAGUUCGUACGAGUGCAAGUGCGAAUGUUCGAUUUCGAUGCAGACGCUUUGUGCGGAUUUUCAAAAAGCCGAUGGCGACGGAUAGUCAGUCCGUUACGCUCGAAACCGUGUGUUGAUAGCUCGCGACAUCAAUACGACAUUUGCACGCGUAUGCGAGUGUGUAGUACUUUAGCGUACGAAAAAUGGCGGAAGUGUUGAGAUUGCCGGAGGACAAGCAGUCGUGCAUGAUAAUGCCCAAAACCACCAGACAAAAAGCGAUUAAACUCGGACGGAGUUUGGGGCGCAAGAAAGCCGCGAUCACCAAAGCCAUUGCAGACAGUUGGCACAAAAGAAAAGCACGUAAAGUCAGACCUGUCGAACAAAUGGAUGGUGGAUUUUUUGAACGUUUUGGCUCUGGCCUAAAAGAAAAUGUUGAAGAAAAGAUUAUUAUUGCUGAAAAAGAUAAAUUUUCCACUCUAACCGAAAGAGAACUUUCUAAAGUUUACGAAGAGAUAACUGAAAAGACUCAAUUGUCGUACAAAGAGUUAAUAUCAUCAUUGUUAGAAUUAAAUAUCAAUGAGUUAUACGAAGAGAUAUUGCAUGAAACAUUACAUAGCGUUGGAAUAGAAAAGAAUUUAGUAAAUCAGGAAAAUUUAAUUGAGUUUGCCCAGAAUGCAUUUAAAAUCGACCAAGAUACUCAUGAAGCCAUAUAUAAAGCCGCCAUGGAAAAAGAAACCCCGAAUAUUAUGUUAAACAUCGAAAUCAUAGAGGCGAAAGAUUUAAAACCAAAAGAUGCCAACGGCUUUAGCGAUCCGUUUUGUACCUUAUUUUUGGCAUCUAGCUCGCAACAUAAAUAUAAUACGUCGGUCAAAAGCCAAACACUACGACCCGUCUGGGAAGAAUAUUUUUCGCUACCGGCCAACGCUCCUGCUGAUGAUAUAUUAUGCGUUGAAGUGUGGGAUUUCGACCCAGCGGAAACAGUUAAGGAAAAAGUUACUAGAGUCGGCGACAUCAAAGGUUUUAAAGGAAUGAAAAGGUUUAUGAAAGAAAUUGCGGUAACUGCUACGAACGGUAAACAUGACAAUGAAAUUAUCGGCAGUACACUAAUACCCCUCAAAACAAUACCUUCACGAGGUCAGUUAUCUUGGUACAAUUUGGAAAAAAAGGGCAAAGGCAAACCGCAGGGGACUCUGCUAUUAAAGUUGUCGUUUGGCAGUGAGAAAAAUAAGCAAGUUGCCGCUCAAGAACAUAGACAUUUACUAAGAGUAUUAUUAGCCCAUCAAAUAAACGAGCAAAAGCCUGAUAUUAAUUCGUGGAUGGGAGACUUUUUACCAGAGUCGAGUUUAAUUAUUCAACAACAUGUAGCACAGAGUAACAUAGGUCUCGUUGACGAAUACUUAGGCAGGUGGAUAGAGUUUAUCAAUGCUCAAGGAACAAGUCCUGUAAUAAAUACCAAAGUAUUUUCGGACAUAUUGGAGAAUUUGGUGAAACCCAUAUCUACCGGUCAGUUAUCCAACGAAGAGUUGAAAAUGUUCUGGCAAUCGGCUAAAAAAGCUCUGCCUUUCUGUUACAAUAUUAUCAGAACAAUACGAAAGAAAUCUCCAGAAGACCAACAGUUACUCGACCAAAUAGAAUAUACUUUAAAUAUACUAAGACAUCUGAAAUCGUUCGAGAUGCCAGAUAAUUUAGAUCUUUUCCCAUCGGAAAUUUAUGGUUGGCUGUUGCCGUGUGAACACACCAGAGACAUACAGAGUACAUUGCACGACGCUGUGAUUCAAGGCGCGGUAGAUUGGUAUGUACACGUAUUAGAAAACAACGCACCUGAUGAUUUUACAGAAGAAGGUCAAAUGAAACUCCAACUUAAAAUCACCCAACAUCUGAAACAAGAUUUGCAAAGGGCUAUAGAAUAUCACAAUAAACUGUUUAUCAAAAAAAUGCAAUUUCCGUAUGCCAAUACAUUGUUUUCAAUAUACGAGUCUAAGAUCAUUGAAAUGUGUGAACCCUUCAUCACCCGUAUCUGUAUGAACAUGAAGCCAAUCAAUUUCGAAGAUAACGUGCGAUCCGAAGUCGACAACGAUCCGCUCGCGAUGGGAACGUCACUUUUCGAAUUGUACAUGGGGAUUCAAAAAUUUGCCGAACUUGGAAAAACUGAUUGUGACGUAGAUCUAGAAACAAGUCAUUUGGCCAAGUAUCACUUGUGGUUCCAACAGGGCGUCGCCAGGUGGUUGGAUAUUGCCGCGUAUAAAGCAAUGCAACGCAUUGAAAGAGCGGUAGAUUUGGACAAGUUAACCAAAGUGGACUCGUCGGUCGAGUACAGUUCUUCAGCUGUUGACACGUUGGCUAUAUUCUAUCAAAUCAAAGUGUUCUGGCAUCAACUUGCGUGGCCCGACGCCGAAGGGUCGUAUUCGUUUGUGGCGAAGAUAAUCGACGACAUAUGUAGGUGUUCGGUUUACUAUUCGGACAAGAUGAGUUAUAAGCUUAACCGUACUGUAAACGAGUAUCAACGGUUUGAAGUCACUAAGGAGUGGUGCUUGGCCGUGAACAAUAUCGAUUACGUAAAACAAUCCAUUCGUCCGUUUGUUAACGAUUUAGGUUUAACGCAGUUGAUGGAAAAUCUGGCGAACUACAAAAGCGAAAUUUCAGCGGAUCAUUGCAAAAAAACACUAGAUUUAGUCGUGGACAAUUCAAUUGACACUGUAAACAACAAAAUCAUAGAUCUUUUACAGACCGUCGCUAACAAAAUGUCACCAGAAAUGAGCAAAUUUUUAAUAGAAGGUGCAGAAGUUAAUACAAACAAUAAGCAUUUGGAUAAUUUAAUGUUAUAUUUGGACGAAAGCCUUUGUACAUUAAGUAAUGAAUUAAACGAAGAGAAUUUUCAGCGUAUACUUGAUAUCAUAGUCGAUCAAAUCGCGAAUAUAAUGUAUCACCUUAUCCAGUGUAAUUUGGAGAAAAAGAAGCCUCCGUCAUACUUUAGAAAUUUGAGAGACAGUUUUCAUAUAUUACUUGGGUUUCUACAAAAGGACAAUGGGUAUAAAAGUGAAACAAUUCAAAAGCUAGAAGCAUUAUUACUUUUACAUACGUUGGAUACAGUAGACCUAAUACAUGAAUACUAUUUGGAAAGACAUCGGAAACAAAAUGAAUUACAAGAAGCUAAUGAAGGCGUGUUAACUGUCAAAUUGGUAUUUAUCAACGAUGUUCUUAAAGUUGACAUAUUAAACGCAAAUAACAUUAAACCAAUGGACUCUAAUGGUUUUAGUGAUCCGUUUGUUAAAGUACGAUUGUUACCCAAAGAAAAAUUUCAGCAUGUCAGUAAACCAUCAACAGCUGUACAGAAAAAAACAUUGUACCCUUUAUUUGACGAAUGUUUCAAAAUUUCAUUGACUCCAGAACAACGUGCUCAAGAAAAUGGUUUAGUAAUGUUUAUACUGAAAGAUCAAGAUUUCAUGGGAAUGACAAACGAAUUUAUAUCUGAAGCAUUUGUACAUUUUAAAGAUAUUCCAUCAACACCAUUGGAAAAUGAUUUGGGUAGUGUACCACAAAUAAAAUUAUUUCUGACGUCUCCUAAAUCUAUGGAUUCAAAAGUUCUCCAAGCCCUCGACACUAGAUUAGCAGACAAAGUGGCAAAAGAUUUUCUUAAGCGAGAAAAGAUAAAAGUUAAUAUAUCUAAUUCAACACCAAAAAAAUGACUACAAUCCCUUACUGGACGAAUUAAACGCAAUACGUCCACAUUAACAAGAAAGUUGAAAAAUUCAUGUUGAAAUUAAUGUAAUAUAUCUAUAAAUUUUAAAAUUUUAAUUUUAAUGUAAGAAAUUUAAAAGUAAGACUGAAAUGGGGAUGACAUUUUUUUACUAACCUAUUUUAAAUUUAAAUUCAGUGUACGGCUGUGCUACAAUGUGAAACAAAAUUUUGUGAACGUUUUGCGUUUUUGUAAGAUUUUUAAAGUAUAUUCAAAUAUGUAUUAAA